AUGCAACUCCAGUACGUCCGCUCAUCGACAGAUAACUCCGCCCUCAUUCUACUUCUCAUUUCUCAAAAACAGGACCUAGCUUUUUCACCCGACAUUUUCAGGGCCGAAUUACUCCAUCUGAAGCCUGUCAAAUCACCUGGGCCAGAUAACAUUCCUGCCCUAGCACUAAGAGAAUUAGCUAACGAACUGUGCAAUUCUCUGGCUGCCAUCUUCCAGAGGUCUUUUGAAGAAGGCGUACACCCAGAAGAAUGGGAGUGGGCAAACGUCACCCCGAUCUAUAUGGGAGUGUUACGACUUGAUUGCGCAAAUUAA